UGGACGAAAGAGUGGAUGGACGGCUGGAAGAACAGACAGACGGACAGAACAUCAACCCUUCAUAGGACCUCGAACCUCGACCCUCUCGUCCUCUGUCGCUCUCUUCAUCUCUCCGGUUCUCCUGCCGCUCAGAUCGUGACGGUGAACUGCGCCCGGAUCAUCCACGGUAACCAGGUGGCCACCAACGGGGUGGUGCACAUGGUGGACCGGGUGGUCAGCACCGUCAGCAGCACCAUCAAGGACACCCUGGAGGACGACGACCUCACCUCCUUCAGCACCUUAGCGCUUGCGUCCGGGAUGAUGGAGAAGCUGGGCGAGCCUGGCCACUACACCCUGUUCGCCCCGACCAACCGGGCCUUUGAGAAGCUGGGCUCUGGCUACCUGGAGAGAAUCAUGGGAGACCAGAAGAUCAUGUCAGCCCUGGUGAACUACCACCUCCUAAACACCGUUCAGUGCGGGGAGGCCAUCAUGAUGGGCACAGUGUACGAGACGGCGGAGGGCAGCUCGCUGCAGAUCGGCUGUGACGGCGACCGCCUCACGGUCAACGGCGUCACCAUGGUGCUGAAGAAGGACAUCGUCACCACCAACGGCGUCAUCCACCUCAUCGACCAGGUGCUCGUACCGGACUCGGCCAAGGAGGUGAUGGAGCUGGUGGGGGAGAACCAGAGCACAUUCAGCGACAUGGUGGCUGAGCUGGGCCUGUCUGCCGCCCUGGGCCCCGGCACCGAGUACACCCUGCUGGCCCCCGUCAACACCGUCUUCACCGAUGAGGUAAUGAGGACGGACCAGACCCUUCUGAAGGAGACGCUGGAAAACCACAUCCUCAAGCUGAAGGUCACCCUGAGCGAGCUCUACAACGGACAGCAGCUGGAGACCCUGUUCGGAAACCUUCUGCGCGUCUUCAUCUACCGCACGGCGGUGUGCAUCGAGAACGCCUGCAUGCUGCGCGGGGGCAAGGAGGGCAGCAACGGAGCGCUGCACCUGAUGCGCUCCCUGAUCAAACCGGCCCGCAGGAGCAUGUACGAGAUCCUGGUCGCCGACGGACGCUUCAGGGUCUUCCUGUCUCUGAUGGAGAGCGCCGGGCUCACCCAGAUGCUGGAGCAGGAAGGCUCCUACACCGUCUUCGCCCCCACCGACGACGCCUUCAAUGGCCUCUCCAAGGAGGACCUCACCCUCCUCACCGGUGACGUGAACGCUCUGAGGACCAUCCUGCUCUACCACUUCAGCAACGGAGUGUUCAUCAACGGCGGACUGGAGGGCGGGGUCACCAAUCUGCUCAAAACGCUCCAGGGACAAAACCUCCAGGUGUUGUCGGUGAACAACUCCAUCCACGUCAACUCGGUGGAUGUGCCAGACAACGACCUGAUGGCCACCAACGGCGUGGUGCAUGUGGUGAAGAACAUCCUUUAUCCCGCCAACAUUCCCGUGGGCCGCGAAGACCUCCUCCUUCUCCUCAGGAAGAUUAUCAAGUACAUCCAAAUCAAGUUUGUGUCUGGAUAUUCUUACUCCGAGAUCCCGCUCACUUUCAUCAAAAGGACCAUCACCACUACCACGACCCACUUUGUGGAAACAGUGCCUGGAGUGACCAAAGUGACCCGGGUCAUCAGUGGCGGUGAGCCGAAGAUCACCAAGGUGACCAGGGUCAUCAACGCCGAACCCAUCACCACCACGGUGGUGAGGGUAGUGGAGGAGGCGCCGACGCUCACCUCGGUGACGAGGGUGAUCGGGGGCGACGCCUCCCUCAACACGCUCACCGUGCACGGCGAGACGGCGCCCACCGUCACCAAGGUGACCAGGGUCGUCCACACGGAGCCCAGCAGCACCAAGGUGAUGAGGGUGGUGGAGGGGGAGGGGCCCACCCUCACCACGGUGACGAGGGUCAUCGGCGGGGAAUCCUCCGUCAACACGCUGACGGGCGUCUUCGAGGUGGAGCCCACCGUCACCAAGGUAACCAGAGUGGUCAGCGGCGGCGGCGAGGGAUCCAUCACGAGAGUGGUCAGCGGCGGCGGCGGCGGCGAGGGAUCCAUCACGAGAGUGGUCAGCGGCGGCGGCGAGGGUUCCGUCACGAGGGUGGUCAGCGGCGGCGGCGGCGGUUCCGUCACGAGGGUGGUCAGCGGCGGUGGCCGCGGCGAGGGUUCCAUCACGAGGGUGGUCAGCGGCGGCGGCCGCGGCGAGGGUUCCAUCACGAGGGUGGUCAGCGGCGGCAGCGGCAGCGGCAGCGGCGGCGGCAGCGGUAGCGGCGGCGAGGGCUCCGUCACGCGGGUGGUCGACGGCGGGGAGGGCUCCUUCAAGGUAACGAGAGUGGUCCAGGGGGGAGGGUCCGUCAAAAAGGUGACGCGAGUCGUGGAGGGCGAACCGUCCUACACCACGUUGACGAGGGUCAUCAGCGGGGAGCCCCCGAUCACCACGGAGACCAUCGAGUCGGAGCCCACCAUCAGCAGGGUGGUGGUCGGGGGAGAGCACUCCAUCCACCAGGUCACCCGCAUGAUCCAGGGGGGGGAGCCGUCCGUCACCAAGGUCACCGUCGAAGGCGAGCCCGGCCUCACCAAGGUCACCAGAAUCAUUGAAACACAUGGCGGUGACAUGGGCGGCGAGAUGAAGAAGGUUCUGGAGGAAGAGGUAGCCAAGAUAAAGAAGCACCAGGAAGAGCAGCUCCUGAAAAUCGUAGAGGGAGGUGAAGCCGGCACCCUGCGAAUCCUCCAGCCUCAGAUCUUUAAGGGUUCUGACUUCUCUAAGAUCACCACCAUCCACGGCGACCCCAAUCUGAUCGAGCUCGAAUCGGAGAGAAUCUCCAAGCUGAUUAGAGACGGGGGUCCAGUAGCCUCCGCAAGGAGACCACCAGUCGGUGUGAGGAGAAGAAAGAUGAAGGCCAGGCGUCACAUCAGGCCAAGGCAGUGAGCGUGGCAAUGAGAAGAUCCAAGCCCACAACCUCAAGAUCCGGGGAGAGAUCACCGGGGGUCCGAGAACGGUACGGAAAGACCGAACAAUCGUGGGUGGACAAGAAGCGAUGGCGUGGAGGAGCUCCUUGUUCCGUCCACAAAACGGAUGAAUGCGACAUUGGUUCAGAGCGCGAUAGGCGAUGAGGUUUUAUACUGCGAUGCUAUAAGAAGUACUCUGUGUGUGUAAUUGAUGUAAGUAUGCAAGGUAAAUGUUUACUGCAGUGUGUAGGGGGAGGAGAGUGUAAGAUGGGGUCGACCGUGGAGAGAGAGGACUUUGUGAAAGAUUGACUGUAGUUUUUGUUUUGUUUCUUUGUUAACGAAUGGCAUUGUUUUCAAACUGGUGCUGACAUUUUAUACAACUGAUGCUGCAUGACAAAUGAUCACAUUCACAUUAACUCUUAUUUUCAUUUUGUUUGGUUGAUUUGGUGACUCAAAUGUUUAAUGGUUUUGAACGUAUGCUUGGUUUUAUGUUUGUCCACGUGAUACAAUACAAAUCUCUAGUAUUUUUUUACUGUAUGCUCUGAGUGGCAAAGAGAGACCAAAAUAAAAAAAAAAACGUUUACUUUUUUUACCCGGUUUUCCUUUUGCUUGUUUUUCAACCGGAUGUACAUACUUUUCACAGGAGCUUCUCUUCUCCAUGCCACUCCUGUCUGCGGUGAUUUGACGGGAAAUUCAUUUAAGCUAUGGUUCAAUAAAAUUAUAACAAUU